CUUGAUUUCUCUUCCUUCACAGUCGCAAAUCCAGUCAUCUCCGCCGCCGUCAUACCAUCACCUGAAUAGGUUUCUUCCCCACCACGCGAUGGAGACUGACAAGACGGUUGAGACAGCGUCCGAGCAAGUGGUGAAUCCAUGGGAAGUCUCCGCCAAAGACGGCGGCAAGAUCGAUUACGACAAGCUGAUAGACCAAUUCGGAUGCCAGAGACUCGACCAGUCACUGAUCGAUCGUGUUCAGAGACUCACUUCUCGUCAACCGCACGUCUUCCUCCGCCGCGGCGUCUUCUUCGCACACAGAGACUUCAAUGAGGUGUUGGAUGCGUAUGAGAGGGGAGACAAGUUUUAUCUCUACACUGGGAGAGGACCUUCUUCCGAGGCUUUGCAUUUAGGGCAUUUGAUUCCUUUCAUGUUUACUAAAUACUUGCAAGAGGCUUUCAAGGUUCCUCUGGUUAUACAACUAACGGAUGAUGAGAAGUGCAUGUGGAAGAAUUUAUCGGUUGAGGAAAGUCAGAGACUUGCUAGAGAGAAUGCGAAAGAUAUUAUUGCUUGUGGGUUUGAUGUCACAAAGACUUUCAUUUUCUCUGACUUUGACUAUGUUGGCGGUGCUUUCUAUAAGAACAUGGUGAAGGUUGCAAAGUGUGUAACUCUUAAUAAGGCUAUGGGAAUCUUUGGCUUUUCUGGGGAAGAUCAUAUUGGAAAACUCAGUUUCCCUCCUGUGCAGGCAGUUCCAUCGUUUCCUAGCUCAUUCCCACACUUGUUCCCUGGCAAGGACAAGCUCCGCUGCUUGAUCCCUUGUGCAAUUGACCAGGAUCCUUACUUCAGGAUGACUCGCGAUGUUGCACCUAGGUUAGGCUAUAGCAAGCCUGCGCUGAUUGAAUCAUCAUUUUUCCCUGCUCUGCAGGGAGAGAAUGGAAAAAUGUCAGCCAGUGAUCCUAAUUCAGCUAUCUAUGUGACUGACACUGCAAAAGACAUUAAAAACAAGAUAAACAGAUAUGCUUUCAGUGGUGGGCAAGACUCUAUCGAAAAGCACAGAGAAAUCGGAGCAAAUUUGGAGGUGGAUAUACCAGUCAAGUAUCUUAGUUUCUUCCUAGAAGAUGAUACUGAGCUUGAACACAUAAAGAAGGAAUAUGGAGAAGGAAGAAUGUUAACGGGAGAAGUAAAGAAGCGACUCACAGAAGUUUUGACAGAAAUGGUGGAGAGGCACCGCAUGGCUCGAGCUGCUGUUACUGAUGAGAUGGUGGAUGCGUUCAUGGCCGUGAGACCUCUCCCAAGCAUGUUCGAGUAACUGAAUAAAAAUCAUAGACUUUGAAUUGUUUUCUGUUUCUGUUUAGACAUAUUUGAAAGGAUGAAUCGAUUCUUGAAAUGUUUAAAAAGACGUUUUAUUACAACUAGAAUCCUUUUCUUUUGUGUUAAAAAAAAAAUAUGAAACAAUGUCACUCUCUAUUACAUUUCGGUCUUUUGAGUCAAAGUUAUUCAACUUCUAUACCCAAACAACUCGAUAAACAUGAAAGGGAACAAAUGUAUCCAUUGUCUUUACCACUGUCCUGUAAGAUAACUGGGACCUUGCAUCGAGUGUAACAAUGGCUGCAAAAUGGCCGAGUGUUGCGAUUGUUAAGGACCACUUGGUAUUCUCUUUCUCCAAAGGUAUAUAGAUAUUCUGACAUAAGACGUGAAAAAUCUCCUAGCACACAUUGAACAUGCAAGGCUACUUCACAAUCAGAGCAUGUAUAGAACCAUUUACUUGGAUCUAGUUCACUCUCACAAACGUCGCACCAAGUUUGGUCGCUCGCAUUUCCGACACAAGAUAGAGUGAGAGGGUGUUCAUCGCUCAUAUGCCGUAUCUUCUCUGGCAAAGAAGCACAAAACAAACACAAGGAAAAGGUAGAACAAGUUUCACAAGUGAGUAUGUAAUCAUCUGGAACUCUCUUACAUGCAUCACAAUGACUAUCUAUAUGUGCUUGAACAACAUAUAGGGGAUGAGAAUGCGCAUAGUGGACGAACGGCAUAGAAAGAGAACCACAAUGUACAUCUACAGAGCCAUAUUUCAUCGUACUUUUUUCUUCUUGCAGUCUGUAGUUGAAACCAUCACAAAACAUUCCACAUGGUUUGCAACGUAUAAGUUUCUCGUUAUCACAUUCCAACGUGUAUAGUUCAGGGUCAAAGAUAAGUCUUUUCUUCAUUGGAAGAUUAGCACACUUUUCAUGAAGAGCAAAAGGACAUUCCCCGCAAGCAUAGAUCGGGCCAAACCCCACUUGAGAGAUGCAUGCUUCACAUCGUAUCAACCACUUGUCAUCACGAUCAAUGAAAUUAUAAUCCUUGAGGAGCUUUAGAGUAUGUUCACUAUGGCUGAAGUGACUAAUCAAAUUAUGACCCACUACCUUGAAUGGUGCAAUAUCUUCGGUCCUCUCAGGUAUCUUUUCCAGUUCCACACCAUUCCAUAUACUGGAACGAACUGCGCACCUUGAGUGAACUGUGUAGUUAGGGCAAACCGAGCAAAAGUAAGCUCCAUAGUACUGACUUACAUUUUUCCGACAAACUCCACA